CUCUCAAUCUCGUCUCAGAUAAAUCUCCUUAUCUAAUCGAUAUUUUCUGCUGAUUCGAUUCAAUGUAAGGAUUUUGAUUUCAUCAACGGAAAAGUUGUGAUGAAAUCAAUGGUUGCUUCAAAAAAUACCUAUGCCGAUGUCGUCGAUAAUUUGUCGUCGCCGGCGUUAGGUUGCUCAUCAUCGGUUCCUUGCUCGAUUUGUUUCGAUUUAGUCAUCGAUGACGGAGAGAGGUCUACAGCGAAGCUUCAUUGCGGCCACAAAUUUCAUCUCGAUUGCAUCGGAUCGGCUUUCAAUAGUAAGGGAACUAUGCAAUGUCCUAAUUGUCGCAAGGUUGAGAGUGGCAGAUGGCUGUUUGCAGAUGGUUCUGCACAUGCAGUUUUUGAGACUGGUGCACAAGCCCGGGUGCCUAACGAGGGCCCACAUGAUUUGAGCUAUUCCAGAAUGCCAUUUGGAUUUCAGUGGUGUCCAUUCAGUGGAUUUACCGUUCAUUCAUCAAUUGAGGAAGCCGAGCCUUCAUUGGAUACAUUUACCAACUUCCAGGGAAACCAUGCCAUGAUUACUGAACAUACAACCCCACCAUCUUUGGCUCACUCCUAUAUCUCAUUUUUCCAACCCAAUGAGCAUGUUGGCAAUUCCAACUUCCAUCGUCCAUUGAAUGCCAUAUCUGCCCCUCGUAAUGAUCUUCAUGCUGCUAACUUCCAACACCCAAGUUGGGGUUGGAAUUGUCAUUACCUUCCUUACAAUGCGGACAGAGAUUAUAUAGACCAUGGUGAUCUGGCUCCAGUUCAUCCUGCCACAAUGAGAUCUGCUCGGGCGCCGGCUGAUGCUGUUGCAAGAUCCUUCUCUCUUCUUCAUCCGUCACACUAUACCCAACAGCCUGUUUCCCGUAGUGGCGGGAGUUCAGUUGCUAGUUCACAAUCUCGUGAAAGAAUCCAGAUUCUUCACACUAGCUAUCAUCUGGAACAACCAAGUGAUACUUCAAACAUGCUCUCAUCCACAAACGGUUUUAGGAGAUUUAGUGGUGCAAGGAGUUUGCCUAUGGUAUUACCAGCAGUCCGAAUUCGACAUGAUCAUCGUGGUAGCCAUGGGUUCUACGUACGGGAGGCAGAAAGUUCUUAUAAUUACGCACAUGAAAGAGAUCACUCGUCACAUUUUCCCGUCAUACGGGAAUCAUUCCACCAUCACUAGAGGCCCUGAUCCCAGCAACCGGACUCACCGGUCUUAGAAAGGUCAGUUUCACCUGUUAAUAGUUUUCCAUAACUUUACAGACUAGACGAUUACAUAUCUUUUGAGAAUUUAUAAUGUAAAGAAGAGAGAUUCCAAUUAUAUCGAUUCCGGCAUUGCCCUUGAUGCUCCAAGAACAUGGGUAAUGCCUAGGAGUGUAAACGAGCCGAGUCGAGUAGAUUCAAGUAGCAGGUUAUUCGAGCUCGACUCGUAAAAAUGAUAUUUCAAAGUCGGAUGACCAUAUGAUUUUUCCUACACAUACAAUUAUUAACCGAGGAGAAGUUUGUAAA